GGUGAGUCACCGUGGCUUGAAAAAAUGAUGGAGAUGGGUUCUUCUGAGUGGGUGGUCCUUGUGGCCAUUGCUGGUACUCUUUUAGUCCUAAGAUUCCUCAUCAACAAUGUAAAUUUGUGGCUCUAUGAGUCCAAAUUGGGUGUGAAGCAGUACUCUCUACCCCCAGGUGACAUGGGCUGGCCCUUCAUUGGUAACAUGUGGUCCUUCCUCAGAGCUUUCAAGUCUAAGGAUCCUGAUUCUUUCAUCUCCUCCUUUGUCUCCAGAUAUGGACGAACUGGAAUAUAUAAGGCAUUGAUGUUUGGAAAUCCAAGUGUAAUUGUGACAACACCUGAAGCAUGCAGAAAAGUUUUGACAGAUGAUGAUAAAUUCACAACUGGUUGGCCUCGUUCUACCAUAGAGCUAAUUGGAAAGAACUCAUUCAUUGGAAUGCCUUAUGAAGAACACAAACGCCUUAGGCGUUUGACAUCAUCUUCAAUCAAUGGCAUGGAAGCACUGUCUUUGUACUUGAGAUAUAUUGAAGAAAAUGUGACAAGUUCAUUGGAGAAAUGGUCCAACAUGGGACAAAUUGAGUUUUUAACUGAGAUACGGAAGCUUACUUUUAAAAUCAUUAUGCAUAUAUUUCUCAGCUCAGAAAGUGAACCUGUUAUGGAGGCUUUGGAAAGAGAAUACACAACACUUAAUCAUGGAGUUAGAGCCAUGAAAAUUAAUAUUCCCGGAUUUGCUUACCAUAAAGCAUUGAAGGCUAGGAAAAAUCUAGUGGCCAUAUUUCAAUCUAUUGUGGAUGAGAGAAGAAACCUAAGGGAGCGAUAUUUUCCAAGUAAAAGCAAGGAUAUGAUGGAUGCUCUGAUAGAUGUUGUAGAUGAUAAUGGAAGAAAGUUGACAGAUGAGUAUAUCAUUGAUAUCAUGUUGAUGUACUUGAAUGCGGGUCAUGAGUCUUCAGGACAUAUUACAAUGUGGGCGACUUUUUUCCUCCAACAGCACCCAGAAUAUCUCCACAAGGCUAAGGCAGAACAAGAAGAAAUAAUAAAGAAAAGGCCUCCAACACAGAAAGGGUUGACACUUAGUGAAGUUCGGCAAAUGGAUUUUCUUUAUAAGGUGAUUGAUGAAACAAUGCGUGUGAUUACAUUCUCACUGGUGGUCUUUCGGGAGGCAAAAAUAGAUGUCAAUAUCAAUGGUUACACUGUUCCAAAAGGUUGGAAAAUUCUUGUUUGGUUCAGGUCGGUUCACCUUGAUCCUGAAAUAUAUCCUAAUCCAAAGGAAUUUAAUCCUAAUAGAUGGAAUAAAGAACACAAGGCAGGAGAAUUCCUUCCCUUUGGAGCAGGAAGUAGAUUGUGUCCCGGGAACGAUCUUGCCAAGAUGGAAAUAGCAGUUUUUCUUCAUCAUUUUCUUCUGAAUUACAAGCUUGAGCAGCUUAAUCCUAAAUGCCCUGUGAGAUACUUACCGCACACAAGGCCUACGGACAAUUGCUUGGGAAGAGUCAAGAAAUGUUCAUCUACAUCAACGUAAGAUGGAGGAGAAAGCACAUGAAUAUGAAAAUCCAUCUGAAUGUUUGCUCUCAGAUGAAUCCGCAAGCCUAAAUCUACUGAGCAACGUUAUCGUAGUAAAGAAAAAAAAAAGUUUAGGAAAAAAAGAAACAAGUAGUUGCUAAGUCAUGUAUCUAAACCAAUUGUUCUGAAAAAUGAACAAAGGUAACCUCUGUUUCCUUAGCUACUGUUCAAGGAAAAUAAUCUAGUUUCCGUUUCA